CAGCCAUCAUGCCCAAUGGGUAGGGAUGAUGGGAGUUGUAGUCCGGCAGCUGUUGGAGCCCCGCAGCGGGUUCCCUGGUUUCUGGAAACUGGGAAGCUCGAACACGCUUUGCUCCUCCUCGCUUCCCGAGCUCUCCCUGCAAACCCCGCCCGGGAAGGCGUACAAAGCAUCCCGCAAUGCAACUGCCUUGGCUGGGCUCACCAAGGAAACUACAGGUCCCAGGAUCCUCCGCGGCGGCCUCAGCUGGAAAGAGAAGGAAGGGAGGCGGCGGGAGAUUCAAACUUCCAGCGCGGAGCUUGCUUGGCUCCCCCAGAGGAAGCGGAGCCGCCGGAGAUGGAGCAGACCCACCAGCGCGCGGGGGGCGGGCAGGCCCGACCCACCUAUGAGCGCCUUACAGCGGAUGAAAUGGAUGAGAAGAGGCACCAGAACAUCGCCUACCAAUAUCUCUGUCAUCUAGAAGAAGCCAAGCGCUGGAUGGAGGGCUGCUUGAAGGAGGACCUGGCCUCACCAACCGAACUGGAGGAGAGUUUGCGGAAUGGGGUCACUCUGGCCAAGCUGGGUCAUUUCUUUGCACCUGACGUGUGUCCCUUGAGGAAGAUUUAUGACCUUGACCAGGCCCGUUUCAAGGCCUGCGGGCUGCACUUCCGACACACGGACAACAUCAACCGCUGGCGGGAUGCCAUGAGCCACAUAGGAUUGCCCACGAUCUUUCACCCUGAAACAACAGACAUCUAUGACAAAAAGAACAUGCCUCGUGUGGUGUAUUGUAUUCAUGCUUUGAGUUUAUACCUCUUUAAACUUGGGCUGGCUCCCCAGAUCCAGGAUUUGUAUGGGAAAGUCAAAUUCACAGAGGAGGAAAUAAACCACAUGAAACGUGAGCUGGAGAAAUAUGGUCUGCAGCUUCCAUCCUUCAGCAAGAUUGGUGGGAUCCUUGCUAAUGAGCUCUCGGUGGACGAGGCUGCAGUCCACGCCGCAGUCCUGGCCAUCAACAAAGCAGUGGAAAAGGGGGUUGUGGAGGAGACCGUCCUGGCCUUGCACAACCCCAAUGCCAUGCUCUCCAGCCUUCGGGAGGGCUUCGGGGCCAUCUACCAGGAAGUUCUCUACCUGGCCAAGGCAGAGAAAGCCAAGAAUGGGAAGAACCAGCCUCUACAAGAAAUCCCUCAUGGUGAAGAUAUUUAUGAUCAGUGCCUGACCCAGGCUGAGAUACAAAGCAGCAUCAACAACGCAAAUGUGAAAGGUGCUCUGGAGCUGGUGGACGAUGCCCUUGAGGAACAGGAUCCCCAGGGGUUGUACUGCGCUUUGCAGGAUCCUGCCCUGGCUUUGAGGAACCUGCAGCGAGAGAAUGUGGACUGGUACUUGGAUCAGCUGAGCACUGACCGGGAGCAGAAGGCUCUGGAGCUGGGCUACGCGGACUUGCUUGAGCAAGAGGAAAUCCAAGCUGGGCUUUACGUGGCCAACGAGAGAGGAGAUCAAGAACGUGCUGUGACACAGGCCGUGAGCCGUAUCAACGCCUCCAUUCGGAAAGGGGUAGCGGAGGAGACGGUGCGCUCCCUGGCAGACCCCGAGGCUCAGCUGCCGGAUGUCUUCCUCUUUGCCGCGGGGCUCUAUCAGCGAGAGUUGUCUGCCCUACAGCGGCAGCACCCACAGGGGGAGCUGGUUCAAGAGGAGCUGUUUGUUGCUGUGGAGAUGCUUUCGGCAGUGGCGCUGGUCAACCAGGCCCUGAAGGACGGAGACGCCUCCAGCUUCUGGAGGAGCUUGGUCAGCCCUGCUUUGGGCCUGUCAGAGAUAGAGGAGAGCAAUGCGCAGCGUUAUUUUGACGACUUGUCACAAUGGAAGCACCGAUCUCGGGACACAAAGUAUGACUUCCUGAGCUGGAACGACAUCCAGGCUUCAGUGAAUAAUGUGAAUGCCUCUGCCCAAGAAGAAAAUAAUAAAAUCCUUGCUGUCCGACUGAUCAACGAGGCUCUGGAGCAGAGCAGCCCAGAGAAAACCCUCAGAGCCCUGCUGCUUCCUUCUUCCGGCCUCUGCGAUGUGACGCUCCCCGUUGCUAAGCGUUACUAUGAUGUUUUGACCCGCAUGCGGAAGCAGAAGGUCCAGAUGACAGGGGACACCGGAGCUAUGCUGUGGUGGGAAGAAAUCCAGGAGGGCGUCUCCAAAGCUAACCACGACACUGAAGCUGCAAAGAGAAUGGCUCUUGGCACCGCUGCCAUCAAUCAAGCCAUCAAGGAAGGGAAUGCGGCACAGACCGUCAGGGUCCUACGCAAUCCGGACGUCUCUAUCUGUGGUGUGGCAAUGGAGUGUGCUGCCUCCUACCAGGCCCAGCUGAGUGCUCUCAUGGCUUCUAAAAAAGCCCCAGGUAACUCCAAACUACCUUGGGUCCGGCACAAGCUGAAGGAUGGGGCAGAGUAUUACUUCAGCCUGCAGACCUUUGAAGGCUCCUGGGACCAGCCUCGCCCCUGUGCCCUCAAUGCGGAGCAUCUCAGCCGGGAGGAAAUCCAGUCCACUGUUGCCCGGGUCACAGCUGCCCAUGAUCGGGAGCGUCUGUGGGAAUCGAGCACCUCGCUGGUUGUGAAGCUGCAGGCCCGGAUGAGGGGCUUCCUGGCCCGGCAGGAAUUUGCAACCCGGCGGAGCUUGUGGUGCAAGCAGGUGCCAGCCGCUCUCAAGGUCCAGGCUUACUGGCGUGGGUACCAGCAACGGAGGCGUUACCUGGAAAGGCUGCAGCAUUUCCAGAAGAACACAGGUGCUGUCAUCAAGAUUCAAGCCUGGGUACGAAUGUGGCGAAUACGCAGGCGAUAUCGACAGAGAUUGGCCUACUUCAGGAAGAAUGUCAAGGCAGUAAUCAAAAUCCAGGCAUUUGUACGAGCUAACAAGGCACGAGAAGAUUACAGGAUGUUGGUACACAGUGGGAAGCCACCUCUCAGCAUCGUCCGGCGUUUUGCCCACCUGCUAGAACGCAGCCAGCGGGACUACUGGGAGGAACUGGAGCUGCUGGAUCUCCAGGAGACUGUGGUGAGGGGAAUCCGCUUCAAUCAGCAGCUGGAGAGCGACCUCAACCUCAUGGAUAUCAAGAUUGGAUUGCUGGUCAAGAACAGGAUCACCCUCCAGGAGGUGGUCUCUCACUGCAAGAAGCUGACGAAGAAGAACAAGGAGCAACUCUCUGAUCUGAUGGGCCGGAGCAAAGAGCAAGGGCUGAAGUCCCUCAGCAGGGAGAAGCGGAAGAUCCUGGAGGCAUAUCAGCACCUCUUCUACCAACUGCAGACCCACCCGGUUUAUUUGGCCCGGCUGAUCAUGCAGAUGCCGCAGAACAAGUCCACAAAGUUCAUGGAGUCUGUGGUCUUCACCCUGUACAAUUACGCCUCCAACGCCAGAGAGGCCUACCUCCUGCUCCAGCUCUUCAGGAGCGCCUUGCAAGAGGAGAUUGAGUCGAAAGUCGAUCAAAUCCGUGACAUCCUCACGGGGAAUCCGACGGUUAUCCGCCUGGUGGUGAGCUUCUACCGCAAUGCCCGUGGGCAGAAUGCCUUGCGCCAGAUCUUGGAGGGCCCCGUGCAAGAGGUUCUGCAGAACAAGACCUUGAGCAUCCGUACCAGCCCUGUGGAAAUCUACAGAGGGUGGAUCAACCAGAUGGAGUCUCAGAGUGGGCAGAAAAGCAAUCUCCCGUACGAUGUCAGCCCUGAGCAAGCCCUGGGUCACCCUGAGGUGCAGAGGAGGUUGGACAUUUCCAUCCGCAAUCUCCUGGCGGUGACGGACAAGUUCCUCUCGGCCAUUACAUCUUCUGUGGACCAAAUUCCUUAUGGGAUGCGCUACAUUGCCAAAGUCUUGAAGACGUCCUUACGAGAGAAGUUUCCGAAUUCUACAGAAGACGAGAUCUACAAGGUGGUUGGGAACCUGCUCUACUACCGUUUCAUGAACCCGGCUGUGGUGGCCCCUGAUGGCUUUGAUAUUGUAGACGUCUCGGCUGGGGUAGCACUCCACCCCGACCACAGGCGCAACCUGGGCUCCAUUGCGAAGGUCUUGCAGCACGCCGCUGCCAACCAACUCUUUGAAGGGGAAAACAGCCACUUGCGGGUGGUGAACCAGUACCUAGAGGAAACCCACCUUAAAUUCAGAAGAUUCAUCAGUGCUGCCUGUUCUGUCCCUGAACCAGAAGAGAGGUUUAAUGUCGACAAGUAUUCAGAGAUGGUGGCCAUCACAAAACCAGUGGUCUACAUAACAGUUGGGGAACUAAUUAACACACAUAAGUUGCUGCUGGAGCACCAGCGUUCCGUGGCUCCUGAUCCUCAAGACCCUCUACACGAACUUCUAGAAGACCUUGGAGGGUUGCCCACCAUCCAGUCUCUAAUGGGCGACAGUGUGGGAAAUGGAGCCAAUGGGACUUCGGAGCAAACUCUGACUCAGCUCGCCAAGACGGAAAUUUCACUCAUCCUUGGCAACAAAUUUGCUGUGGCGGAGGCCAAUAUUGAGGGGGGAAAGGAUACGGAAAGCUUGUUGUUGAGCACUAAGCAGAUGCUGGUUGAUGUGAUCCAGUUCCAACCUGGCGAUUCUCUUGUGGAGAUACUGCAGACGAAGGCAUCAGAGGAUCAGGAAGCCCUCCACCACCACAUUAUGAAGAGAAGGGCCUUAUGCAACACCCAAGCCCCAGAAAAGCUGAGAUGCAACCACACUCUGGUCAGUAACAGCCACCUCUCAAUAGCAGAGAAGCAGCGGAUCAUCCUCAAGAAUCUGCGGCGUCUUGAGAGCCUGGGCAUGGUGGACUCUGCCAACCAGUACCAGGACAUCAUCAAUGAGAUGGCCAAGGACAUCCGCAACCAGAGGAAGUACCGACAACAGCGCAAGAUGGAGCUGGCCAAGCUGCGCCAGACUCUGCACAGCCUCAGCACCAAGAGGAUGUUUUUUGAGGAGCAGGUCGACUACUACAACCAGUACAUCCGGACGUGUCUGGACAACCUGGCAGCUAGAAACAAGCCCAGCAAGAAACAGGCAACCUUGCAUUACACGGCAGCCCGCCUCUUUGAGAAAGGUGUUUUGCUGGAGAUUGAAGACCUGCCAGCCAGCCAGCUCAGGAAUGUGAUAUUUGAAAUAAUCCCUUGCGGUGAAGCUGGCAAGUUCCAGGUGAAGGCAAAAUUUAUGGGAGUUGACAUGGAGAAGUUUCAGCUCCAGUACCAGGACCUCCUCCAGCUCCAGUAUGAGGGUGUCGCCAUCAUGAAAAUGUUUGACAAAGCCAGAAUCAACGUCAACCUCCUGAUCUUCCUCCUCAACAAGAAGUUUUUCAAGAAAUAACUAAAGGCCUGAGGGCCACAUGGGCACCAAUGUCUUCUAGUGGUGGCUCGAUGGUACCAAAGAGACAGUGGUGCUCACAGUGCUUUUGUGUUGAACCGCAAGCAAGCCCAUGAUAAUCAACUCAAAAUUCCUGAUUCUGGCUUUUAAUUCUCACUGGGGUGGUAGUCAACCUGCAUCCGGGCUGGACCACUUCAGAAAGACAGGACUGGAUGCUUCUCUGCACAAGUUCUUGUUUUCUUUUAAUCCUGGCAUGUAGAAUGCUUGCAUCUCAGGGAGAAGCCUAAGCUAGAACUGUUCUCUCUGGGAUUGUUUACAAUGUGCUGGGAAUUUGCUUGUACAGUGGGGUCUUCCAUAAUAAUGUGGGCCCCCAUGUAGAGUCACUAGAUGCAAGUAUUUUUAAAGUCACAAAGGCUGGAUUUAUCAGAGAGGAGAGGGGGAUAUUUAUGCUGGCCCUGUGCCAGCCUUCCUCAACCUGAUGCCCUCCAGAUGUUUUGGUCUACAGUUCCCAUCGGCCCUAGUCAGUGCAUGCUGGGAUCAAUAGUCCAAAGCAUCUGGAGUGCACCAGAUUGGAGAAAAGCAUGCUCUGCAAUCCUUCAACAGGCAGUCUCUGAUGAAGAGUCAACCAUACACUCCCCAAUUAGUGAUGGGUGGAAAUUUUACACACCAAGGAAAAUUUCACUCCUAUUCUGCUUUGUUUUUCUGUGUCUCUGAUUUCUACUGAUUCCAUAUGUGUCCGUGUUACUUCCUUCUUUGAUGCAACUACAACAGAAAAUAAGUUCCAAUAGACUUGACAUUAGAGAUACCAAAGACCCUCAACUGUUGUUUUUUAAAAUUCCAGUGUGCUUUUUAAAAAAAGAUAUUUAUAUCAGUGCAUUUUUUAAAAUAAUGCUUGGAAUGCUAUUGCAAAAAUACUGAAAACUAAGGGCCCCUGCCUGAUCUCUGGAAAUACAAGUAUUGACCGGCAAAUGUUUAAUUAUGAUAUCUAGUUUGCAUUAAUGCUGUCAGCUGCUGGGUUAUAUCAUUAUUGCUGCUUUAAGAAAUAUUCCACCAUUCAGCAACAUUUAGAUUUGGUUUAUGUAAUUGCUGAACUAGUGGAAGUCUAGUGGGCUUUUUUAAAAGUUAUAUAUUCAAGGGAUUUGAAAAUAAAUAAAUAGAAUUGUAUUUAA